AUGACUGUGCCAACGAAAACUCAAUAUUCCAUUCUUGUCAUCAACCCCAACACUUCAACGCACAUGACCAAUGCUUUGAUACCCAUACUGGAUAAUCUCGGGCAUGGAGGCAUACAAUUCGACUACUUCACAGCUCCAGCAUCCGAAUCAGUCACGCUCCCCGAUGGAAGAGUGGUAGAAGGAGUGCCCAGUAUUGACUCUGGUGAAGAUUCUGUCAAGUCAGCCUUUUAUUGCAUGCCCUUCCUAGAGCAACUGGUGUCCGAGUAUGAUGGCUUCAUUGUCGCCUGCUUCUCAGCUCAUCCCCUCGUUGGUAUGCUCAAAGAAAAAGUCAGAUCCAUCGAAGACGCAGAGUCAUCGGGAGUUCCCUCGGAACUGAAGGUCAAGAGAAAGUACGUGACGGGUAUCUUUGAAGCGGCAGUUCUUGCUGCUCUCGGCGUGAUUAGUUCAUUUCAAGCCACUCCGGGCCCAGAUUUCAGCAAGGCCCAAUCUCGAGAUACGUUCGGCAUAAUUUCGACCGGUAAAGUCUGGGAGACUGAACUCAGCAAAGCGGUCGCUGACAUGCUCGGCAACUCGGGAGAUUCCACAUCCACUGGUCGGUUUGCCGGGGUUGAAACAACUGGACUGACGGCCGUCGAACUACACACCACCCCUCCCCAAGAAGUGAGAAGGAGACUGGUCGAAGCGACAGAACGGCUUUUGAAGAAGGCAGCCCAUCCUGUUGGUGCGAUAUGCAUGGGCUGUGCCGGCAUGGUGGGCAUGGAAGACGCAAUAAGAGAGGGAUGUGUCAGAGCAUACGGACGACAAAAAGGCAGUCAAGUCAGAAUAGUCGACGGCGUUAUUGCUGGAGCGGGGAUGCUUGCAACGGCUUGCAAAGCCGGUUUCUAG